GCAGGCCCGGUGCGGUGCGGCGCGGCGCGGCCGGCCGGGAGGAAGGCGCUUCCCCCUCCCCAUGGCGACCGCAACCCCACCCCAGGGCAGCCCCAGCCGCCCGCCUCGCAAUCCAACCUCACCUCGGCCGCGGGGCUGCGCCUGCGCACCAGGAGAAGCGGCACAGCCUCCGCUCCAGCGCGGCGGCUUCCGGCACCGGCGCCGUGACCUUCUCCGCGGCAGGCCGAGCGUGCUGUAGGGGCUGGAGCCUUCUCUCUGGUGAGCGGUGCCGGUCAGGCCUCCAUUUCCCGGCCCUCAGGGCCGCAAGCAAGGCGGUAAGGGCUUGCAGCCGGCUCGGCCCGCGGACAGCCACCGUUUGUGUUCAGGCCGGUAGCGAAGAUGUCGGCGCCGACGAUGGAGGAGAGGAAGGCCUGCUGGGGGGCCCGGGACGAGUUCUGGCAGUGCUUGGAUAGGCAUGCGGACGAUGCAUCCCAGUGCGAGAAGCUGCGGCUGUCCUUCGAGUCACGGUGUCCGCAGCAGUGGGUUAAAUACUUUGACAAAAGAAGAGACUUUCUGAAAUAUAAAAAGAAGCUUGAAACAGAAGGGUAUCAUCCUCCAGAAACUGCUGGAAAGGCUUAGGUACUUUGCUUUCAGAAUAAAUCUGUUGAGAGUAACUGAAAGGAAGAAGCAUGAGGAAGCAACAGGAGGUCCCUGAGCUCAAGAGCUGGUGACCUGACUCUCCCCCUGAAAUGCAGGCUGCUGUCCUCCUCGCAAGGCCUCAUGUCUACUGAAAAAAAACAGAUGGUCACAGACAACAUUUUCAUGAGUGUAAGUCAAAGAUGAAAGAAAGAUGCUGUGAUGCUGUUCAUGAAUCUAAGGUUUUGAAUAUAUAAUGAGUCCAUUUGAUGAGAAGAAAUUAUUAUUUAAGAGUGCAAUGUACAUAUUCUGAAGAGAACAAUAAAUACUUUUUUUUUGACAA